AUGGCAGACACAAUCAUCAAGCCAGAUCCGGAGGCAGCUGUCGCAUCGCCUAGAUUCAUGGAAGAUGAUGAUAUAUAUGAAGAUGCUGGAGAUAUGGCGAUCAACGAAGAUCCGGCAUUUCAAAAGUUAUGGUUAGGUCGUGUACCUAAAUACGUCUGGGAUGCAUGGGAGGGAUUGGGUGGAGAUUUGGAUGAGGAAAUACAAAUUGGUACCAUUCGCAAUUGCCGAGAAAGGAUGCCAGAUGGCACUGUUAAGGACUCCUAUUCCAUGUUACUGAGUUCUAAUCUUGCACAGCACCAGACUGUCCCCAAGGAAUACAAUCUUGAUAUUACCAAUGAGAAUGUCAAGAAUACUUUCAUUUUUUCAGAACAGGAUCUGCCAGGAUUCAAAUCGAAAUCAAGACAGAAGUUCGCCUUGGAGACUGCGAAUAUGCCAGCAAGGCUUACCCGUGGAAAGAUUGAGAAGCCUGCAAAUAAACAGCCAUGGGACCCUAACAGGAAAUUUCAACCUCAAUUUCGGAAGGCAAUUCCAAAGAGAACAACUCUUGCCGGUAGGGUUGUCCAUGAAUUGAGUUGUAUCGCCGUGCAAAAUGAAGAAUCAGACCGCCUUCUAGCUAUUAGGACUUUGGAAGCUAUGAAGCCCAAAGUGGGCACGAAAUUUCUCAAUGAGGAUCUCGAUGUGGGCCAAGGUUUCAUUCAGCCUGGUACUAUCAAGGCCUCAGACGCUUAUAAAAGCUUUAUUAAAACCAAGAAUCCGACUGCUGGUACUAAGACACAACUUACCAAGGCCGCUCGUAUGCCAGAAAACGAGCUUCUCGAUAGGAUCUUCGACUGUUUCCGUAGGUAUAACUAUUGGUCCAUGAAAGCACUACGUGCCGAGCUCCAACAACCGGAAGCAUAUCUUCGUGAAACUCUCGAGAAAAUAGCGUUCUUGGCGAAGACUGGUCGAUUCGCAACACAGUGGUCACUGAAGCCCGAGAACAAACUUAACAACUAUGAGGGUGCUGGCGAUGCGAUUGCACCUGGUGAAGACACAGAUCUUGGCGAUGAUGAUGAAGAUGACGACGAAGAUGUCAAAUUUGAAGACGUCUGA